AGUGCGUGGGUGUAGGAUUGUAGGUGGGGCUGAAAAAUGAUGGAGGAGAUGCUUUGGUUUGUUUUUGUGUCAAUUGGACUCCAUUUCGGCAUGGUGUGCCUCUUGUCUGGAUUUUAUGGAUUCAUUGAUCACUUUUCAUUGUUUCAAGACUCAAAAUUUCAGAAAAAGUCCGGCCAUUCUAAUCCAAAUCUAACCGACUGCGUUGUCGUCCUCUUUAAAAACAUAUUCAUAUAUGAUCUCAUUGGUUUGCCGAUAAUUUACUUAGCAUUGAAGCAAAGAGUAACAUUCACUGGUCCAUUCCCUACGUGGCCAGAAAUAUUAGUUCACAUCCCUCUUUGCGUAAUAGUAGAAGAUACCUUGUUCUAUUGGAUUCAUAGACUCUUACAUACUCCAUUCCUUUAUAAGCACCUCCACAAGAUGCAUCAUCAGUUUCAUCAACCAAUAGCUCUUUCAUUUCAAUACACGCAUCCGAUUGAAAACUUCAUGACAGCUGGGAUACCUCUCUUCGCUGGGCCGCUCCUCCUUGGCAGUCAUGUCUAUACUGUGUGGCUCUGGAUGUGUGUUAGGAUAACGGAGUCUAUGGAUGGUCAUUCUGGAUAUGAUCUCUGGUUCAUGCCGUUUAGGUACUUCCCGUUCCGUCCUGGGGCUCAAGUUCAUGAUUAUCAUCAUUCUCAUAAUGUUGGGAAUUAUGGCUCAUUCUUUACACUCUGGGAUAAACUUUGUGGCACCGAUCACUCCUUCAAAGCAUAUAAAAAGAAUUGAUGUUUAAGUUUAUUAUUAUUAUUAUUAUAGUCUAUUUUUGUGUUAAAGUAGUUGUGUACAACAGAAGAACAUUGUUUUGUGUUAUUGUAUUGUA